AUGGUGGGAAUACCGGUUUGGUCACUUAUGGAGCCACUGACACUAGGAACUGCGAUGACAGCCAACUAUGUCCCAUUGUCCGCUGAGACCUACUGGCAAUUCCCCAUUGCUGGAUUCUCUAUCGGAAGCUUCUCUGAAACUAAGAAAGAGCGAGUCAUUUCCGACACCGGUACCUCAUGGAUCGGAGCACCAGCCAGCGUCGUCAGUGGAGUCGUUAAGCAGACUGGCGCCAAGUACGACUUUGCGAAUGAACUCUACACCGUCCCAUGCUCGACCCAAAAAACCCAGCCCGACCUUGUUUUCACCAUCAGUGGUGUUAAGUACAACAUUCCCUCGGUUGAGUAUGUGCUGGACUUUGGACUUGGAAAUGGAAAGUGCGCCUUGACCUUCUUCGGAAUGAACUCCGCGGAUUUGGCCCACCAUGGAUUCUUGGAGACACUUGGAUCCGCACUUACUGCAACAUCUACGAUAUUGAAUCGGUUUCGUCAAGGCUUUCCAUACCGGACUCUAAAUAUGGAUCUUAUUUCAACGUAG